UUGUGAAAGAUAGAACAGCCAUGGUGGGAUCAGGUCAGAUAUAUGCACAAGUGUAAGGGGCAGGUGAAAAGCACCCCGCAUUUCUCUAGAACUCUUUAUGUCUAGGACACUUCUAGAAGGUGCUGCCUACUCUUGGAAAGGGCCUUUGCCCUCAUUUAAGCCUUCUAGGAAAUAUUCUCCUAGGCUUGUCCAGAGUUCGGUCUCUUAGUUGAUUCCAGGUCCAAUAAAGUUCACAACCAAGAUUAAUCAUCACCAGCAAAGACCUAAGAUAAGUGAAAGAGAAGCUUAGAAAAAAAUGGAGUGAGUCUGUUGUUAUUAGGGGACUGAUACUCUAGACAGUAGAGCCUGCAAGGGCAAUGAGCUAAGCUGACUUGUCCUGGUUUAAAACCCCAUUCUAGAUCAGAAGGAGGUAAGGGGAAUCAGGGGAAACCUUUGGUUAUUAAGAGCAUUCACUUACUCUGAGAAAGUAUACGUAAUGUGACUGACAUGAUGUCUUUCAUUUUGAAAAGGGCAUCAUGAUUCUUAUGUUUUCUGUGGAUUAUAGGAUUGAGACUAUUACACACUGCAGCUCACUCAAGUGUGUACACUUGGGAGUGUUUCUGAGUGAGGAGAGUGAUGAUGAUAAAAGUGAGGGGGAAAGAACUAUUGGUGCUAGGGCCUGAGUAGGAGGGGGUGGGUGUGUCAGUGUAAGAUCUGCACAGGCCAUCAAUUGUAGCAAGUAGGAAAGUCAAACAUCUAUGGACAGAGGCAGACCUCAGGUGACUGCCUUCCUUUCUCAGUGAAAUAAGAAGUCAGGUUAGCAGCUGAAGGUAAGACUAGGAGAGUUCUGAUGAGAGGUUUUAAGAUAGAGCAGAAAGUACGAUAAGGUCUUUAAGGACUAUAGCUUUGGAUUUUUGUCUCAAUAUAUAUUUAUGAAUCUUAAGAUUUGUGAUUUGAGGGGUUGGGGAUUUAGCUCAGUGGUAGAGCGCUUGCCUAGCAAGCUCAAGGCCCUGGGUUCGAUCCUCAGCUCCGAAAAAAAAAAAAAAAAAAAGAUUUGUGAUUUGAGAUCAUUUGGAUAAAUUUAAACUAAAACCAGAAUUCUUUGCACUCACCAAGAAUAAGGAUUGCUUAAUAAUGUCUUUUAGUUGCACAAACAUAUGUGGGUUUGGGUGCAUAUAAAGUGGAAGCAAAAAUAUACAUUUUAGUGCUUGCCCAUGAUGGUGGGAGUGAAUGAAUGAACUGCUUAUUUUGAUUUAGGUACAUUUGUGGUGCCAAGAACACAAACCAUAUUUAGCUAACAGAGAAUGAGGAGUUAUCUACAUGUAUAAGAGGAUGGUGCUUAUAGCAUCUAAUCUUAGUCUAGUCUGAAUCAACCUUAAUUAAUGGUCCUGGGGUAAACAUAUUUUUCAAAUGAAAACAAGAUCAUAAUAUAGACUCCUAAACUCUGAGUUUGGAACCUACUGUAAGACCACAGGCCCUUCACUGCCACCACCAUCACCCACCUACACAUUACAGGAAACCUUUCUCUCUGGACACUUUUAUACAUGACAAGCUCAGCAAUUCCAAAGCUUUAGAUGUUAGAAAAGAACGUUCCCUCCUAUGAAAAAUGGGGCCUUCACAACACUCUCUGAAGUGUUUAACUAUUGAGUGGAGGACGCCCGGCACAUAGGAUUUGGGAUCUGUUGUACUAAAAAUGAAGUUUGACCUCACGAAUAACAAACGUGAAGGCCCUUGUCCAGUUCAGAGAGCUGUCAAUGCUUUGAAACAAAACCUUGCACUUAGAGCACUAAGCAGUCUUGUUUGUGUUCAAAUACUGGUGCAGAAGGGGAUGGGGCAGAAUUUAAAUAAGUCCUCUCUCUCUACUCUGUACUGAGCGUAGACUGAGCUAAGGAAUGCUUAUGUUUCUUUUGAAGGCUUCUGUUUACCAAUCAAAUAUACUCUUACUUAAGAAAAAACUAUAUCUGCCCUUAAGACUUAAUUGGCCUUAGUUCCUUACUUUAUGCUUUAUCCGUGUAGAAAUAUAGUAAUACUACGUAAAAAUUUUCAAUAGAUGAGCUAGAAAUAGAUCUUUGGGCAAAGGUUGAGACAGACUGGCAGGAAACUCACUUUGACCUCUGUAAUUCUCCUGCCCCAUCCUCUCAAAUGCUUCGAUCACAGGCACGGACCUCACUGCCAUUAUUGAUAUACUUUUUAUUCUGAUGUAUGCUGCCUUUUACAUUCUGUAAUUUAAAGGAGGCACUUCUCCAGAUCAAUAUUUACCUUGAUUGUUAAAUAUGAUCUUGAGAUUAACUUUUAAACAGCGUUCGGCUUAUCAGGCUAAUUUCUGAAGUACUUAUGGAUUCUACAACAUAUGUUUUUGGGAAACAGCUUAUUAGUUUAUCACACAUAAACCUUAUAAAGUAUUUUCUCUUAGAAAUGCUGUUCUCUUUUUUUUUUUUUACUGCUUAUUUGACUUGCAUACUUUAGAAAUAAGAUGUGAGUAACCACAUUCAAAUGACAGAGAAUGGGGCUUCAGAAAUAGGUACAUUCACGUACUUCCUUAAGAGGAUAGUAAGUUAGAACAUCAUUUGUCCAGUCUGAACCAACUUUCUGUAAACUUGAGAUUUCAGUCGGUAUCUCUGGAAUCCAUUCAGGAAUUUCACUUUUCUAAGCACUAGGAAAACUUAAAAUUAAAAAAAUAAGAACAUACAAUUCUUACUUUGUGUCAUGUGGAUCAGUUAUUAUUGAACUACAUAGUUAAGUCUGCCUUUCUCUUUGUAAAAUGUUCCUGUGGGAAGGAAUUACAUGGGAUUAAGUCCCCCUCCAGCGCUCCUCAGGGCUCUACAUGGAAAACCUUUUCCCUUCCAUUUUGCAAGCCUCAACAAGUCCGCUGCUGAGUCACUACCUCCUUUUCCCCUGAUGUGAGAAAUCUUUCUCCCUUGAAAAUUAAUAAAGCUUCGGAAAUGUUCCGAUUAGAGUCUCCCAGGAGGAAGGAGGGAGGGGACACCAGAAAGGACUUGUAGAGGAGGAGUCCCGCACUCCUGGGUCCUGGUGACUGCGCACCCAGGGCUUGCAGCAGCCAGGCUAGGAGGAGCUGGUUGGUCCCAGAACCUACUCAGCGCUUGCCUGUGCGAAUAACCUCGCAAAGCCUUGUCAGUUCCCAGACCUUGUUCUCCUUGCUGAACUUAAAAUGUUUGCUUUAAAAGGCGCCGGUGUUUCGCAUUUUACUCUGAAAAACAAACUAAAAAGAAAAACCCCGCUGUGGCAAGGGUGGGUGACAGCACGCGCGCGGCUUGCACCUGAACACAGAGCAUGGGACCUUCCAAGAUUCCUGCAGCUUAGCGCCCUAGUCCUGGGAGCAGGUCUGGGACAGCCGCACCUCACGUGACCCCAGGGGCUGGGCAAGGGCGGGGACUGAGGAGGGGGCGCGUGCGACCCGGACAGGAGGGGCGGUUGCCCAGGAACCGUCCGCAACGCCCGCGCGUGCUCGCCUUCGUACGCACGCGCACGGUGCUCGAGACCCACUAGCCGUCUCCCCCAACUUCAACCGGCUUUCCCCAAUUCGGCUCCGUACAAGGUCCUGGACCGAAGGACGCGCCGCGCGCUCCCGCCUGGCUCGCAGGGUCCACAACGCAUGCUAAUGAGGGGCGGGGCGGGGCAAGGCUGGCGGCGGCGCGCUCGCGCGUGCCGGGGCGCGCGACAAGGGGCGGUGCGAUUGUGAGGUGGCUGCUGACGCACGUUCCGGGGUUCUUAAGCGGCGAGGGCGGCGGCGGCCGAGGCAGCGGCGGUGGUGCCGGAGCCGGUUCCGGGAGGUGGCGGUGGCCUCCGUGAGGGGCAGCGGGGGCCCAAGUCGGUGCCCCGGCUCAGUCACAGUGUCCCUUUCCCAUUGACCCCAUCCUUCCACCACGGCCUCGCCGCCACGGCUCCCGGGGCUUUCUAGGCGGGGCAGGGGACGGGGUGCGUCUCCUGCCGCGGCCGCCGACCUGAUAAAUGCGGGACUUCGGGUUCGGGGUGCUGCACACUGCCCUGCUGCGCAGCGGCAGCCCCCGGUCCUCGCCCGGCGGCAGCGCCUACCGGCCCUUCGCCGCCGGGCCGUCCGCCACGCCCUUCGGCCCGCUGUCGCCGCCGCCGUUGCCUGUCACCGGCUUCUCCGAGGCCGCCUCCCCCUUCGCCAUCCCCUCGGGCGGCGGCGCGGCCAGCUCAGCCGCAGCUUCCUCUUCCUCCCCGCUCGUGGCGCAUCAGCAGGCCGUGCAGGAUGAGCUGCUGCUCGGGCUGACACAGCAGCCGGCGAGGCCGCUCUCGGGGGCGGCGGCCGCAGAGCAGCUCCCCAGCCACCACCCCGGCGGCGGCACGAACGCGGGUGUGACCCACCUCCUCCCCUCCCAGGACUUCAAACCGAGUCUGCACCACCCCUCCUCCUCCUCCGCCUCCUCCUGCUGCUGCUGCCGCACCUCCUCCCCGCAGGACUUCAGUAAGCGGCAGCAGCAGCAGCUGAGCAGCCAGAAGAGGAAAGAGUUGAGUCCGCCACACCGUCCCCACCCUCCGGACGCGAAGCCGACGCCGCCGCCGCUCCACUGCCCCGGCCGCUUCAGCCCGCCGCCGCCAACGCCGCCGCCACCACCCGGGCCGCUCCUGCAGUCGGCGCCGCUCGCCCAGCGCCCGCAGCCGUUCAGCCUCCCGCACACGCAGCACCUCCCGCCGCAGGACUUCGCCCCGCGGCAGCGCCCGGCCGACCUGCCCCAGCUCCCGCAGCUCCCGCCCUCGCCGCCCGCAGCUCCGCGGCGCCGCCACGGAGGCGCGGGAAGCCCUCGCCAGACCCCGGUCGCGGGCGAGGGCAGCGCCGCCGAGCCCCCCAAUGCGGGCUUGCCCCCCUCGACGCCGCCGGUGAACCCCGCGCCGGGCUCCAUGGAGUCGCCCAACCACCCUCUGCUCAACAGUCCCAGCACCCUCCUGCCCGGCGCGGCGCUCGGCACCAGCGCCUUCAGCAGCCUGCAGAGCCCGGACCUGCCGCACCCCGGCGGCGGCGGGGGCGGGGGACCCCCCGGAGGCGGAGGGGGAGGCGGCUCCGCGUCUCCGCCACCGCUGCCCGGCUUCGGCACCCCCUGGUCCGUGCAGACCGCGUCGCCGCCGCCGCCCCAGCCUCCGCCGGCGCCCCAGCAGCAGCCAUCCCAGCAGCAGCAGCCGCCUCAGCAGCCGCCGCAGCCACAGCCCCCGGGCUCCUCCGCUGCCACCCCGGGCGGCGGCGGCGGCGCGGGCGGCUCUCUGAGCGCCAUGCCGCCGCCCAGCCCGGACUCGGAGAACGGCUUCUACCCCGGGCUGCCGUCGUCCAUGAACCCGGCCUUCUUCCCGAGCUUCUCGCCGGUGUCGCCGCACGGCUGCGCGGGGCUCAGCGUGCCGGCCGGCGGUGGCGGCGGUGGCGGCGGCUUCGGCGGCCCGUUCUCUGCUCCCGCGGUGCCCGCGCCGCCCGCCAUGAAUUUACCUCAACAGCAGCCGCCGCCGGCAGCGCCGCAGCAGCCGCAGAGCCGGAGGUCACCCGUCAGCCCGCAGCUGCAGCAGCAGCACCAGGCAGCCGCAGCCGCCUUCCUGCAGCAGAGGAACUCGUACAACCACCACCAGCCUCUUCUGAAACAAUCUCCUUGGAGCAACCAUCAGAGCAGUGGUUGGGGCACUGCAAGCAUGUCCUGGGGAGCAAUGCAUGGCAGAGAUCACCGUAGAAGCGGAAACAUGGGAAUUCCAGGGACUAUGAAUCAGAUAUCUCCGUUGAAGAAACCGUUUUCGGGUAAUGUUAUAGCACCACCGAAAUUCACUCGCUCUACUCCAUCACUGACUCCAAAAUCUUGGAUUGAAGAUAAUGUGUUCAGGACAGACAACAAUAGUAACACACUCUUACCCUUACAGGUAAGAAUGGUGAGAUCUAGUUUGCAGUUGCCAGCUUGGGGCUCAGAUUCACUCCAAGAUAGUUGGUGCACUGCAGCCGGAACAUCCAGAAUAGACCAGGAUCGAAGUAGGAUGUAUGAUAGCUUGAAUAUGCACUCUCUGGAAAAUUCCCUUAUUGAUAUCAUGAGAGCAGAGCACGAUCCUCUCAAGGGUCGUUUGAGCUAUCCUCAUCCAGGAACCGACAAUCUGUUAAUGUUAAAUGGUUGGGUUCCUGGGGCUGAACUCAAGUCCUGUGGCUUGCAUGCAAGGAGUUAUGGGCGAAGACGAGGUCGAUCUUCCCUAUUUCCAAUAGAUGAUAGCUUGUUGGAUGAUGGUCACAGUGAUCAAGUUGGUGUGUUAAAUUCACCAACAUGUUAUUCAGCUCAUCAAAAUGGAGAACGAAUAGAACGCUUCUCUCGAAAAGUUUUUGUUGGAGGGCUUCCUCCAGAUAUUGAUGAAGAUGAGAUCACUGCCAGCUUCCGGAGAUUUGGACCUUUGGUAGUAGAUUGGCCCCAUAAAGCAGAAAGCAAGUCCUAUUUCCCACCAAAAGGCUACGCCUUCCUCCUCUUUCAAGAGGAGAGCUCGGUUCAGGCACUCAUUGACGCUUGCAUUGAAGAAGAUGGGAAGCUCUACCUGUGUGUCUCCAGCCCUACUAUCAAAGACAAACCUGUUCAAAUCCGUCCUUGGAAUUUAAGUGAUAGUGAUUUUGUCAUGGAUGGUUCUCAGCCUUUGGAUCCCCGAAAAACAAUUUUUGUUGGAGGUGUUCCUAGGCCAUUAAGGGCUGUGGAACUUGCUAUGAUCAUGGACCGGCUGUAUGGUGGUGUGUGUUACGCAGGAAUCGAUACAGAUCCAGAACUCAAAUACCCGAAAGGUGCUGGGCGAGUGGCUUUCUCCAAUCAGCAGAGCUACAUUGCUGCCAUCAGUGCUCGGUUUGUUCAGCUUCAGCAUGGUGACAUUGAUAAACGCGUGGAGGUGAAGCCAUAUGUGCUAGAUGACCAGAUGUGUGACGAGUGCCAGGGUGCGCGCUGCGGUGGGAAAUUUGCCCCCUUUUUCUGUGCCAAUGUCACCUGCCUGCAGUAUUACUGUGAGUUUUGUUGGGCAAAUAUCCACUCUCGUGCGGGACGCGAGUUCCAUAAGCCAUUGGUGAAGGAAGGUGCUGAUCGCCCGCGUCAGAUCCACUUCCGCUGGAACUAAGUUUAGCAAACCGGCCUCCGUCUGACAAGGAAGGAAAGGGUGCAUGUGGCUUACUGUGCUGCAGACACUGCGUGCAGGAGAAAUAAGUGCAUUCUUCUGCUUCUCACCCAGCUCCGAGACAUGCAUCGUUAUCAGCAGCCAAAACACUACAAGCCUCUUGUUUUUCACCAAAACCCUACAUCUCAGGCUUACUAAUUUUUGUGAUAUUUUCAUGUUAAAAUAAAAUGUUUUUUUGUAUUUUCUCCAAGUUAUUUUUAUAUGUAAAGUUAAAAUUAGAUAUGAGAAUGUUUUGCGUAGGGGCAACAGUCUGCUGCUAUACAGUGGGUGAAGCGUGCACUUAUUUCUUAACAUGGGUUUUUAACUUCAAGAUCUGCCCCAGUACUUUACCAAAGGUAGCAAAAUAAUAGUGAAGAUGGAAUAUGUCUGCUACAAAUGCUUAUUUUUAUUGUUGCUGUUUUCAGUGUGUACAUAAACUAAAAAUUAGGGUUGAUUUUGUUGCUCUCCAUUUUGACUUGCAAGAAAUAAUACCUCAAGAUAAUCUGAUUUAUUAGCUAUUUUUAAACAUUUUUAAUCACAAGCUGUAUUAGCUUUGCUGCUAUAUAGAUGUUAUGUGUAAAUGUCACCUAUUAAUACGGGAUUGAAAACGUUAGAGACACACUGCAUUGCGGAUGAAAUGCAGGCAGCACAAUAUGGCCGAUACUGCCAUAGUUUAGAAUGUGAAACAAUGCAUGUUUACUUACCUGUGUCCACCAUAUGCAUGCACUCGGACAUUAACUAAUGAGGUGAGGUAUUGCAGAUGUUCAAAAAGCUCUCUUGAAUUCUAGGUAGCAUGAACAAAUUAGAAAAUUUGUUUCUUUACAAAAAAGCAAACUUGCAUGCAUUAUUGUGACUUCAAGUUAAAAAUGUUGUCCUACAUGUGUACAAUAUGCAAAUUAGUUUUAGAUUAGAGAGUGCAGCCAUUUUGUGAUCUGGUCAGUAGUGGAAUUCGAUUUUAUGCAGACUGGAUGUAAUAUUUGUAAUCCCUGUGCAAUUUUGUGAUGUGCGGUUCUAAUUCAUGUGCAGUGAUAUAGUAUAGAUAAAAGAUUGAAUAAAAGAAAAACACAGGAAUUUUAAAGAAAGUUGAUUUUAGCCCCUUUGAUAGUUCAUGGUUAAGACAUCCUUUAAAAACCAAAGAUGGCCAGCACACUGCUAACCAGUCACCGAAUGUGAGACCCAUGGAAAGCCCAUACAUAAAGAGAGGGUUUUAUAGAAGAACACAGAACUUUAGUGAAGUCAAAAUGGAGAUGGGAAAAUAUAACAGAUGGCUAGUUGCAUAAAAUUUACCUUUACGACAAUGGUGAAAUCUGGCUUAAAUUUGCUUACAUGUUUGACCUAUGUACCUGGGGUCUUCUGUCUAAACUGGGGUCACUGUUGCAUGGAGCACUGUUAUUCUUAAUGGUUAAGAAUUGCUUUUUUAACUUUGAUGAAGGAAUUUCAGUAAUGACUUUGCUUGCAUUUUUUUCUUCUUUCUUUAUUGAGGGAGUUGCGUGGAAAAAUGCACGGUUCUGACCUAGAACAUGGUUCGUUGUGGUGGCUUUCCUCUUUAGAGCAUCCUAACAGCAGCUAGCCGCUGUGUUAAUAAUGUAGGAGUUACCCUGCAGUCUAAGCAAAGCACCCCACAUGGUAAAUGUUGUUUUUUGUUGUUGUUGUUGUUGUUUUUUAUUUUUUUAAUGCAGAACUAAGAUUUUUGACUCUAAAGAGAGAAAAUUGCAAGGGUAUGGCCUGUGCAGCAAACCCUUGGGACAAUCCUUCACAUGAGCAAAGUGCUGAUCUCAACAUUGGUUGUCGAUGGUAUGCUUUUUUGUACUGUAAAAACGCGUGGUUCAUGUCUAACUCUGCUGUUUUAUUGUGGUUGUGGCUCAAGUUUUUAGUGUUUGACGUUGACGCUGUUUUCAGAGGAGCUCUUUACUAAUUUAUUUGUCCGUGUCCCAACCUGUUACUCCCCACGACCCUCCAGAGUUUCUGGAGCAUUCUUUUCUACCCUCACCCUGCCAGACCUUGAUCCAUUUUGACAUUUGUUAUGCACUACUUUUAUAUCUCUGUGAGAGAUUUUUCCAACAGUCAGCUAUUUUAUGGCACACUUUUUUUGACUGAUGACAUCUCCUUUGCUAUACCUCAAUUUUUGGAAUUUAGAAAAGAAAUCAGUAGUUUUGCAAUGUUAAUUAUUUAGAUAUUUAAUUUCGCAGAUUUUUAACUUUAUUUUCAUAAUUUCUGCUUAAUGUUUAAAAUUGAAGAGCCUUUUCAUGUAUUAAAUAAUGAACUCUAAAAUAAAUUAUAUGAUAAAAUAAUUGGAGAUGCCGAAAAUCAUUUUCCCUUCUUAAACAGAAGUAAAUAUUUGAAAUGAAGGGAAAUGCAAGAGAAACACCUUCUCCUACCAGGGUGAACGUGACGGAAAUGCUGGUUUGUGUCACCUUCGUUCCUGUUAGGGCAAAGCUCAUUGGUCUAAUACUGUGUCCCUCCCUGCCUCUCCCCUACCUCUGAUUUGUUUCGUUUUCUGUUUGUUUGGGGAUUCCUUUUCCUUUUAUGUACUACAUUCUUAUUUUCUAACUGUUAAACACUGUAUUAGAGUUUUUUUAAUUUACAGAUCAUAUUUAUUUUACUAUUUUUGUAGAAAAUUAUUAAUUUUGAUUGUAUUUUUGUAUUUUCAAAGCUUUUUCAUUUGUGUUCCCUAAAUGUUCAUAUUGCUGCCCAAAAGUAUGAAUGACUGUGGAGGAAAAAGUACUUUAAAAAUCCACACUUUUUGUUAAGAAGGAAACAUUUAGCAUUUAUAUAUUUGUGUAUGGAAAACACUUGAUAUUUUAUCCCUGUUGCAUCUGGCUGCACGAGCCUCUCCUCAAAGAUGCCACAAAACUUGAAUAUAACACAUUUUGGAAGGCUGACUAACCUCGAUUCUGUGUUGUGAUGUGCAAUACUGUUUCUAAUGUUUGUAUAAAGAUACAGUGUAAACCUUUUUAAUGCAAAUUUAUUUUUUUCAUUGCAUAUUUUGCAGACUUUAUCCACAGUGUCAUUUUUUACUGUCAGAAAAGAUGCCCCUUUUGUCAUUGCAACUAUUUUUUAAACCCAGAAAUCUUUGUACUGAUGUAAAUGAUUGUAGUUAUUUUGGAUAGUGUUUUGCUAACAAAAGGAGAGACUUUUUUCAUGCAUAUUUCUAUUUUGUUUUUUUGGGUUUUAUUUUAUUUUAAUAGUAGUAAAAUACUUGGAAUAAUUUUUCAUAUUCUUGUCAUUAAUAUUAUUUUGUAUUUUUAUGUGAAAAUAUAUAAUUUUAUGACACUAAUUGCUAAAGUUUAUUUUAUGUUGAAUUAUUUUUGGAGCUGAAAUCUUUGUAAUAUUAAAGCAACUAGUUUCUAAUUCCCAGUUUCUGUAUAGAAUCGCACAAGUGGUUUAUGGAGUGUUUGGAUUGUAACUAUAAAUGGUUCUUUGAUAUGCAAAUUAAUAUUUUCAGUUGAUUUUAUUUUAUAUUCCUAAUGGGGUGUUAAAGCCGUUUUUUAUUUUUUUCUAAAUAAAAAGAGAACCCAUGCUUUUAUGGACACUAGGUAAAACGCCUUCAGCUUAAAAUUUUUGUUAAAUAAUUUAGUUUAUUUUAUUGUUAUCUUCCAGGUGUCUAAAUCUCCAGUCUGUCUGUUGUACUGGUAAUUUAACUCUGUAAUGGAAUAGUUUGCUGCCAACUAUUUAUAUUAAGUCAUUUUUAAAUAUUUGUAAUAUUGUUGACUGACUAAUAAACUAUUAAGUUAUUGGCA